UGCGCAUCCACACAGGGUAGACGUUGUAGAACGCAUGCGUAUGGGGAUUUUCCAGGGCCCUAGCGGUGGUAGGGCUCGGUGUUCACCGGAGGUGUCGGUGAGUGUUCCUCCUGCACCCUGGUGGCGGCAUGUGGAGGUUCCGCGUUGUGAGGAGCUCCCGGUAACGGAAGGGGGCGCUGCAGGCAGAUUUCAGCACUGAAUAUGGGUGAAAAGAAGCCAGAAACGCUGGAUUUUGUGAAAGACUUCCAGGAAUAUCUCACUCAGCAGACCCAUCACGUCAACAUGAUCUCCGGCUCUGUGAGCAGUGACAAAGAGGCUGAAACUCUACAAGGAGGGACUCAGAACCACGAUGCACUAUCUGCUAAUUCUCCGUGCCUUGCUCUACCGGCAGCUGGGACAGACAGCGACCAGAAUGGGCUGGACCAUCCCUCCGUGGAAGUGUCUCUGGAUGAAAGCGCCGGGAUGUUGGUGGAUGGCUUUGAGCGAACCUUUGACGGCAAACUAAAGUGUCGCUAUUGCAACUACGCCAGCAAAGGCACAGCCCGCCUGAUAGAGCAUAUCCGUAUUCACACAGGUGAGAAGCCACAUCGUUGCCACUUAUGCCCUUUUGCAUCUGCCUAUGAGCGCCACCUAGAGGCUCACAUGCGCUCUCACACUGGAGAGAAGCCGUACAAGUGCGAGCUGUGUUCCUUCCGCUGCAGCGAUCGAAGCAACCUUUCUCAUCACCGCAGGCGCAAACACAAGAUGCUGCCAAUCAAGGGAACCCGGCCAUCCCUUGGCAAUAAGAAAAUGUGGGGCGUCCUUCAGAAGAAAGUUAGCAGCCUGGGUUACACCCGCCGGACUCUCAUUAAUCUCAGUCCGCCUUCCAUGGUGGUGCACAAACCAGACUAUCUCAGCGACUUCGCCCAUGAGAUUCCCAGCAUCCAGAGCGAGGCUUAUGAAAGCUUGGCCAAGGCCUCACAUUCAGGGGUGCUCUCUAGGGAUCCCCAAGAGCUUAUGGUGGACAACCCCUUAAAUCAGCUGUCCACUUUGGCAGGGCAACUCUCUAGCCUUCCACCGGACACUCAGAAUCCUGCUUCCCCAGACACUGGGCCCUGUCCUGAUGAAAAACCCUUCAUGAUCCAACAGCCUCCUCCUCCAGCCUGUGCCUCUGCUGUCUCUACUAGUGUAGCUCAGAGUUCCUCACCUGCCAGCCCCGAAGGGCGCCCAACCCACAACCACAGGAACUGUAGCCCUAUGGCGGGGCCAAGCAGUGAGCGUAGUGGGCGCACAAGCACCCCUAGCAUUAGCAACAGCCAACCCAGCACUCCUGCCCCUGCCCUUCCAGCCCAGGACCCCCAGCUCCUGCACCACUGCCAGCACUGUGACAUGUACUUUGCAGACAACAUAUUAUACACCAUCCACAUGGGCUGCCACGGCUUUGAAAAUCCUUUUCAGUGCAACAUUUGUGGUUGCAAGUGCAAAAACAAGUAUGACUUUGCCUGCCAUUUUGCUCGAGGUCAGCAUACCCAGCACUGACUCUAGAGAACCUUCACUCAUUAUUUUUUACUUUACACUUUAACAGACAAUGCGUGUAUAUUCAUUUCCUGUCAUAUGGGACUGUUUAGAACCUGUAAAUAUAUUUUUGUGUGCCUCGUUUGAUCACAUGGCCUGAAUUUCUCAAGUAAUAACAGUGUGUGAGAGAUUGCUAAUAUACCAACAGUAUUUGUGUGAGUGUGGAGAGGGGGGUGGGGUGUUAAAGGAACACUAAACACUAAAAGGCUCAACUGUAACUAGCACUUAGCAAAGUGCACACUAUAAGUCAAUGUAGGGCACUGCAUCUGUCUCCCCUUUACUUUUUGGGUGCUUUUGGCUGACUAUACCUUUAGUUGCUAGUUCACUGCUUUAUUGUGAUAGGACUUUCACACUUGACUAAGAAUAAUGGGGUGCUUGGGAUAAGUUGAGGGUUCUGGGAGUAUACAGGAACAGUGGCUCUUUAGGGCAGUGCUUCCCAAAUUUAGGGAGAAUUGAAGCAGUGGCAGAGGGUCAGUUUGGGUGAGAUUGUGGGUAAAUGCCUAAUUGCUGCCUUAGAUACACAUGAAAGCCCCACUAGAAAGUCAAUUAGGAGGCGAUUUUGGCUGAAAACCUAAUUGCCACCCUAGAUAUUCUUUAAAUGUUGACUGAUACAUAAAUGUUUCCUAUAUCUGUAAUCUUGUGGGUGGCUUAGGGGGGCCCUGGCCAAAGAUUAGACCUCCAGGGGAAGCUUGAACUGAAAAAGUCUGACACCUACUGCACUAGGACAAGUAAAAUCUAAAAGAUCAGAUUGUAACAUUAAGCUAAUGCCACACUGGGCAUCCUGACUCCCUAUGUAAUCAGUCUAAAUCCCCCUGCUCACUUAUCACUGCUUUCCAUAGUGAUUGAUGGUAAACAUCCUGCACAGAGCAUACAUUGCAGAGCACUUUUUAUUAGAUCACUAUGGGAAAAUAGUGCAACACAGACAGCGGUGUUUUGGCCACCAUUUUUGUCUGGCUACAAAAGUAAUCACCAUGUCCUGUGUGCCAUAAGCCUUAUAGAAGCUAAAGAAUAAUAUCCAUUAAGCCAAAUACAAACAAAAUAAUACUGUUUAGUGUGCCUUUAAUAGGGGAAUAUAUGGGUAUCUAUCAGUAAUUAAGUACCUUAGAGCAAGUUAGGGUGUGAAGCUUGUGGGUUGGAUAAGGCGUCUAAUGUUUAGCUGUCUUCCCAGGUGCCUGCUGUCAACACGCAUCACGAUGUGCAUUUAGGAGGACUGACGAUCAUGUGGCGAAAUAACGAUAUUGCGUUGGUCUCUUCCGUCUUUGUAUUUGUACUGUUGAAGGGAAAGAGUGUUUCUUUCUGGAUGUGUUCGUGAAGACCCACAUAGGUAACAUCAUGCUGCGGACGUUAUUAUUAUUUUUUUUAAUUUUGAUCAUGCAUCAAAUUUUGUACAUGGCUUUUUGGCCAAGAGCUGACUUAACUGUGUAUCAUUGGCUGACAAGCGCGAGAAUUUACUCACCAGAUGUCUAACUUUUAAGGUUACGAAACCACGCUACAAUGUAUGUCUACUUAUUUCUCCCAACUGGGUAUUUGGAAAAAAAAAGAUUCAUCACUGUGUGUUUAAAUAUUUCUCCAAAGAUUUUAAUGCUCCAUAAACCAUCACUGAGUCUAAUAAAUCUGUAUCGUCUGUUCACA